AUUUUUGAAGGCAAUGCUGCCAAGGACGAUGAGGUGUUCAAGCAGGCAGUGUCGGAUCUGAACCUCAAUGACGACAUCCUCCAGAGUGAGAAAAUCACUUACUCCAUCAAGCUCAUAGAGGCCAACAACCCUUUCCAUGCGGUGCAGGAAGCCUGUGACCUGAUGACGCUGGGGAUCUUAGCCUUGGUGACGUCCACGGGCUGCGCCUCGGCCAACGCGCUGCAGUCGCUGACGGACGCCAUGCACAUCCCGCACCUGUUUGUGCAGCGCAGCACGGGGGGCUCGCCGCGCACCGCCUGCCACCUGAACCCCAGCCUGGAGGAGGAGGAGUACACGCUGGCCGCCCGGCCCCCCGUCCGCCUCAACGACGUUAUGCUCAAGCUGGUCACCGAGCUGCGGUGGCAGAAAUUCAUCGUGUUCUACGACAGCGAUUACGAUAUACGCGGACUGCAGGGAUUUCUUGAUCAGGCCUCAAGGCUGGGACUUGAUGUGUCAUUGCAGAAAGUGGACAGAAACAUCAGCCGAGUCUUUGCCGACCUUUUCACUACCAUGAAAACAGAGGAGCUGAACCGCUAUCGCGACACCUUGCGGAGGGCCAUCUUACUGCUCAGCCCGAGGGGAGCCCAGACGUUUAUUAAUGAGGCUGUGGAAACCAACCUUGCUUCAAAGGAUAGUCACUGGGUCUAUGUAAAUGAGGAAAUCACUGACAAUGAAAUAUUAGAGUUGGUUCAUAGUGCUCUGGGGAGGAUGACAGUUAUCCGGCAAAUUUUCCCUCUCUCAAGGGACAACAAUCAGAGGUGCAUGAGGAACAACCACCGAAUCUCAUCGCUGCUGUGUGAUCCCCAGGAAGGCUAUCUUCAGAUGCUGCAGGUUUCCAAUCUGUACCUGUACGACAGCGUGCUCAUGCUGGCCAACGCUUUCCACAGAAAGCUGGAAGACAGGAAAUGGCACAGCAUGGCCAGCUUGAACUGCAUGCGGAAAUCCACCAAACCCUGGAACGGGGGACGAUCCAUGCUGGAGACUAUUAAGAAGGGCCAUAUAACUGGGCUUACUGGCGUUAUGGAGUUCAGAGAAGAUGGCGCCAACCCCUACGUUCAAUUUGAGAUACUGGGCACUAGCUACAGCGAAACGUUUGGCAAAGAUGUGCGGAGGUUGGCAACGUGGGACUCUGAAAAAGGACUGAACGGCAGCCUACAAGAACGACGCCUGGGCAGCGACUUACAAGGAUUGACGCUGAAAGUGGUGACUGUCUUGGAAGAACCUUUUGUAAUGGUGGCGGAGAACAUACUUGGGCAACCGAAACGAUAUAAAGGAUUUUCCAUUGACGUCCUGGAUGCACUUGCCAAAAAUCUGGGCUUCAAGUAUGAGAUAUAUCAAGCGCCUGAUGGGAAGUACGGGCAGCAGCUCCAAAACAGCUCCUGGAACGGCAUGAUUGGCGAACUCAUUAACAAGAGAGCCGACCUAGCAAUCUCAGCCAUCACAAUAACACCCGAACGAGAGAGCGUUGUGGACUUCAGCAAGCGUUACAUGGAUUAUUCUGUGGGGAUCUUAAUCAAAAAGCCCGAAGAAAAAAUCAACAUCUUCUCUCUCUUUGCUCCUUUUGACUUUGCGGUGUGGGCUUGCAUUGCUGCAGCCAUCCCUAUAGUUGGUGUCUUGAUAUUUGUCUUGAACCGGAUCCAGGCCGUCAGGGCUCAAAACUCUUCCCAGCCAGGCCCUUCAGCUUCCUCCACUCUUCACAGUGCCAUUUGGGUGGUGUAUGGCGCCUUUGUUCAGCAAGGGAGUGAAUCUACUGUCAAUUCUGUGGCUAUGCGCAUUGUAAUGGGCAGUUGGUGGCUCUUCACCCUUAUCGUGUGCUCAUCCUACACAGCUAACUUAGCAGCUUUUCUCACAGUAUCGAGGAUGGAUAAUCCUAUAAGAACGUUUCAGGAUCUGUCCAAACAAAUGGAUAUAUCUUAUGGUACAGUCAGGGACUCAGCAGUGUAUGAAUACUUUAAAGCGAAAGGGACAAACCCUUUGGAGCAGGAUAACACAUUUGCUGAACUGUGGAGGACAAUCAGUAAGAAUAAUGGGGCAGACAAUUGUGUAUCGAACCCUUCUGAAGGCAUCAGGAAGGCAAAGAAAGGAAACUAUGCUUUCCUGUGGGAUGUGACGGUGGUGGAAUAUGCCGCGCUGACUGAUGACGAGUGCUCGGUGACGGUCAUUGGGAACAGCAUCAGCAGCAAAGGAUACGGGAUAGCCCUCCAGCAUGGAAGCCCCUACAGAGAUCUUUUCUCCCAGAGGAUCUUAGAAUUGCAAGAAAGCGGAGAUUUGGAUGUUCUCAAACAGAAGUGGUGGCCACGAAUGGGACGUUGUGACCUGAAUAGCCAUACCAAUGCACAGACAGAUGGGAAGGCACUCAAGCUUCACAGUUUUGCAGGCGUUUUCUGCAUUUUAGCAAUAGGCCUUCUUCUUGCAUGCUUGGUGGCAGCAUUGGAGUUGUGGUGGAACAGCAACCGUUGUCAUCAAGAAGCACCGAAAGAGAGAAGAUACAGCAUGGGCAGCAGCAGUGCAAACUUCCCCACAUUGCCCCACCAAUGUGCCUCAGCCCUGACCUGGAGAGACCACCUUUAGGGGUAAGAGAGUAGUUCAGAAACAUGCCCUUAGCCUCUCUGCUAAGAGUGACAGGGAGGCCAGUCAUUGGCACCCAGUUGUGCCAACUCUGGUUGAUGUGUUUUUGUGGUGUAAGACCCCAUCCAUUGCCUGUGAGAACUGUGUCCGUACUGCGCAGGUUAUACAGCUGCCAGUGACUGGUAGCCGUUUUUCUUCAUGGUUGACCUAGGCUAAGUUUGAAGAGGUACACGAGCAAUUAAAAAUAAGCAAUCUAGUUAUUAAUUGAAUGAGCCAUAUUGCCAUGACACUGUUUAAAUGCUUCCUUUCUUUUGAGAUAAGUUUUAUUUCUAAAACUAAGAGCCUCUUUGUAAACUAGUACUAAGUUUACUAAGUAAACUUAGUAAAUAUGAAAUAUUUUACCUAGGAAAAUACUUCUAAGAAUGUCUUGUUUUUACAGACUGCUUGCUGCAGUAGCAAGUAAUUGUUAGCCGUGAUAAAAUAAUCAGUCCGUACUCGGAUCUGUCUUGCACGAAGCCUGUAUAUAUUUACAUAGAUUAAGUAUUUAACAAACUAACCUCUUGUAAUUUUUGAAACACUGGGGCAUCUGUAGGUGCUUUCCUCUUGGAACAGAUGUUUGUUACAAGCAAGUAAUAGCAGCGAGCUGCACUACAGCUGGAAAAUGGUACAUAGCCCAUCAAUUCCAAUCUAUGUUUCUCAGGUUGCCAGGAGCAUUACAAUAAUUGACGUACCUAUCACCUGUAAGCGGUUCUGGCAAACGGGAUCUGAAGAAGAAACAUGUUGCAGUCUGUGAUGUUGUGAAAUAUUUAUUAGUAAGACUCCACUCUUCUGAGUUCCUGCUUCUCCCGUUUGAAUUCAUCCAUUGAGGGUUCAGUGAUAAGCAUCUGUGUCGUGUUUGUGGGACGAAGCUGCCAAGUCCCCUGCCUGUGGCUCCACAGCGUGUAAUACUGAAAGGGAAACGUUGCUAAAAGGAAGCAUGUCUCCGCUGUGCAUGGUGCAGCACUCCACAAAGCAGGCGCAGGGAGAGCAGGAGUACACAAGCGUUGCUUAUAAGCAAGCUUGCCGAGGAACAGAAACAUGUAUUGAGUUGUUUGUUAUCUUUGGUUGAACACUUGAGCAUCUUGCCCUGCUGCCUUGCAGAAUUCACUCUUGCUGUAGCUCUGGAGGCCCCUCUCCGCAUUAGCAUUGCUCAGGCCCAAACCUUGGUAACAGACAGCUCACUUUCUGCUGCAAAUGCCUGGCAGGGUAAGGGGCAGGGAUGUGGUUUGAAGUGUCCUAGCGCUGCCUGUGCACAAGCAUUUGCCUUGCCAUACUUUGUAGUGAGUGCCUUCUCCUCUCUACGCUCAGGGACUCACCCUCGUGCAUCUUUGUAGAGUGGGCUGAGAAUGUGCCCCAAAGGCAGAGUUACAUAUACGUAAGGUGACGUAGUCCAGUCACUCUUCUCUUGCGAGGUCUUCUAAAUACUCCGUUUCCGUGUCUGAAGAAGGAUCUCUCCCCCUGAUUUUAAAUAUUUUCUUUCUUUUGCCUGUCCCUUUUAUGUCUCUCUUUAGAUCUGUAACAAGGAUUAGUACAGAUCCCUGGCCUCCCCACCCCUCCUACCAUCUGAGGCACUGUUUUUUUUAUCCCCUUCCUCUUCCCCUUCUCCUUUCCCUUCCCCCCCAGUGUGUUCUUCAUAACGGUCGCUCUUCACAUCCUCUUUUGCCAUUUUCAUGACAAACAAUAAAACGCUUUCAAGCUUCCAUUUUGUUUAAGCGUACUACAGGUACCCAUAUGGUAGAGCUGUAUUCAGGGAGAUCACCUCUGUGUGGGAAUGGGUCUGACCUUCAAGCACAGUCAGUGUAGGUGAAGCAAGACAAAUGAACCCCAGCACAACACGCAUGAGCAGGCUCAGGAAAGGUCAGCCUUGUGGGUGCCGUUGAGAGAGCGGGAACAAAGUCGGUGGCAGUCCUGGAACAAGCAGGUGUUAAAGCUGAAAGAGAAAGUGAGUGUUCCUCACAAAAGGGCAGACGGAUGAGGUUCACCAGGGAGAGCCAGUGGAGGAGGCAGGCGUAGGAACGGCAUAA